AUGAUUCAUCUACUACUAAUCAAGAUUUCAAAAAGGAAAAAUCUUUUGUUUUUCUAGGAUUUAGACUGUUCAAAACACUAUAUUAUUAUUAUUCAACUACUAUAUAAAUACAACAAUUUAAGAGAAUUUAUUGACGGGACCAAACUCUUUUAGGAUGGGCGUUGAAAUUUUCUUUUGUUAAGAGAGGGACCAAGAAGGAUUCACGUCGGUAUAUUCCACGUGGAAGAUGCUUAGCCCUUGAAUGGGCAUUUGCAACUAGCUUAGGCCCACCGUUAUGGGAGACGCAAACGCAACAUCGAGAAGCUUCAUUUUGAAUAAGUAUAUAGUAUUUCUUUUUUUAAUUAAUAUAGUUUUAUUAUUAGGAAAAAAAAGUCAUUUGACUUGUAUUUGUUUAUACAUUAAAGUAGGGUAAGUUUAGUAAGUCAUUAAAAAUGGAAAAAGGAUAUAUCAAGAACAUUACUUCACAAUUUCAAAGUCAACUCUUCUAACAAUAACAUUAAUUGAUUUUCUCAUGAUCUGGAAAACAACUGUGCAUAUAAGUUUAACAUUAACAAUUUAAUAAUUAGCGGAUACCACUACUUAUUUAAUAAUUAAACAAAAAUAAAAAGAGAUACACACGUGUCUCAGACGAUAAAAGAAGGUAUAUCCUAUUUUGAUCACGUCUCUAUCUCUCAAGUCUUAACUGUUAAUCUUCUUCUUCUUCUUCUUCGCUGUUUUGCUUCUUUGAUAACAUCUCCUCCUUUCUUGGCCCUCUCUCUAUCUGUAUCUUAUCCAGAUAUAUCAUCCCAUUGCGUAAUAAAUUCUUCACACCCUUGUGCCCAAUUCUAUCAUCCGGUUCAGAUUCUUCAUAAUUUAAUUCAAAAGUUUCAUUUUUCUUCCUGGGUUUUGUUUUGCCUCUGUAACUGAAUCCACAAAGUUUUCCCUUUUUUCACUGGGAAUCAAGAUUUUCUCAAAAAUAAAAGAAAACGUUCUGUAAAAUAAAAAUUUCUAGCUGUGCAUAGUUCAAGAUGAGACCAGUCUUUAGAUCAUCUUCGUCUCUAAGUAGAAUUAGAUGGGCUCUGAGGAAUCAAGAACGCUACUCAUCAACUUUCUCAUCCAGAAGCCGCAAACUUUUGAUAGGUGCCAAUCAUAACGAAGCUCUGGUGAACACAAACACUUGUAACUCAACUUUGCAUUCGAGGUUAAGUUUCUCGAGAGGCUUAUCAGCAGAGGCCGUAGAAGCAGCUGAUGCUGCUCUUAGGCUCUCUGUCUCAUCCUCAGCAGAUGUGAAUAGAACAGGACCGCUUGUUGAGUAUGAGAGACGAAUCAGUGAUGGCGAGCUCAUGACUGGUGAUAUCUGCCAACUUGGUGCACUAAAAGAGCUUCAGAGACUACAUGAUCAGCUUGUGGAAUCAGUUGAUACAUGUCGUCUAGAUCGUUACAACACUUCUGAUAAAUCAUCAAGAAGCCGUUGGUUCUGGUCUAGGAUCAUGCCACAGUCUUCCGUCUCACCUGUCAAAGGACUGUACCUCUAUGGAGGUGUAGGCACUGGAAAAACCAUGUUGAUGGACUUAUUCUUCGAUCAAUUGCCUUGCACUUGGAAGAAGCAGAGGAUUCAUUUCCAUGAUUUCAUGUUAACCGUUCAUAGUCGAUUACAAAAGCACAAGGGCUUAUCAGAUCCACUUGAAGUUGUUGCACAAGAGAUAGCUCAUGAUGCAAUCUUACUAUGUCUAGAUGAGUUCAUGGUAACUGAUGUUGCCGAUGCUCUGAUACUUAACCGACUCUUUGGACAUCUCUUCAGUAAUGGCAUAAUUCUUGUUGCCACAUCGAAUAGGAAUCCUGAUAAACUCUAUGAAGGAGGACUCCAAAGAGAUCUCUUCCUACCUUUCAUUGCCUCACUAAAGGAAAGGAAUGUGGUUCAUGAGAUUGGCUCAGCCGUUGAUUACCGGAAACUAACUUCGGCUGAGCAAGGAUUCUAUUUCAUCGGUACAGAUCUCUCCACCCUUCUGAAACAGAAGUUCCAAGAACUUAUUGGAGGCAAUGUUGUUGCGCGUCCACAAGUAGUAGAAGUGGUUAUGGGAAGAAAAUUACAGGUUCCAUUAGGUGCUAAGGGAUGUGCGUACUUCCCUUUUGAAGAGUUAUGCGACCGACCUCUUGGAGCUGCUGAUUACUUCGGACUCUUCAAGAAGUUUCAUACACUUGCAUUGGAAGGAGUGCCUGUCUUUGGGCUUCAUAACCGGACUGCUGCUUAUAGAUUCGUCACGCUAGUCGAUGUGAUGUAUGAGAACAGAGCGAGGCUGUUGUGUACAGCUGAAGCAACUCCUCAAGAACUCUUGGAAAAGAUUGUAACAAUCUCUGAUGCGAAGUCAAUGUCUCCGAGAACGUCGUCGAGGUCAAGAAAGAACGAUGUCUCCGAGCUCUGCGUGGACAAUGAGUUAGGUUUUGCCAAAGAUAGAACAAUCAGUAGAUUAACAGAAAUGAACAGCAAAGAGUACUUGGAGCAGCAUGCCAUAACACACAAUCUGUAACACACACAAAACACAUUCAAGUUCCUCUGUGGGGUGCUUUGAAGGGAUUCAAUAGUGACUACUUGUAUUUUUUGUAUCAUGUGAGAACAUUAUCCAUUGUUGUAAGUUGUAACAUUGAAUUUUGAAUUUAAAGAAGAGAUUGCACAUCGUUUUAGUUA